UCUGACUCCAGUUUGCGGGGUGGAAAAGAGAGUCAGGAAUCUGACACAGGACCAAAAAUCCCGAGAUAAUUUUUCCCCCUCGAAUUCCGCAGCGAACGGCGGAACCAAAAAAACCAACCCAGCCGUGCGUUCAUUCAAUCGAACCUCACUCUUGAAAACCGUGGGAGCUGUGUGACAGCACCAAUCCGUCUUCAAGAUGCCUGUUGUCAAUGUAGAUGACCUCGUUCGUCUCCAACGGAAGCCCAAUGAUAUCCGGAAUAUCUGCAUUCUCGCUCACGUUGAUCAUGGUAAAACAUCCUUGACGGAUAGUCUGAUUGCCACCAAUGGUAUCAUCUCUCCCAAGUUGGCGGGCAAGAUCCGCUACCUGGACUCCCGUCCAGAUGAGCAGCUCCGGGGUAUCACCAUGGAGUCGUCGGCCAUCUCUCUGUUCUUCUCCAUGAUGCGCCGUCCCGCGCCCGACGCCGCCCCCGAGCCCAAGGAGUAUCUGAUCAACCUGAUCGAUUCUCCGGGACACAUUGACUUCAGCAGCGAAGUGUCGACUGCCUCGCGCCUGUGUGACGGUGCCGUCGUUCUGGUCGAUGCCGUCGAAGGCGUCUGCAGUCAGACGGUCACCGUGCUGCGUCAGGCCUGGGUGGAGCAAUUGAAGCCCAUUCUGGUGAUCAACAAGAUCGACCGACUGGUGACGGAGUUGAAGAUGAGCCCUAGCGAGGCCUACUUGCACAUGAGUAAGCUUCUGGAGCAGGUCAAUGCGGUUAUCGGAAGUUUCUACCAGGGUGAGCGCAUGGAAGAGGACCUGCAGUGGCGGGAGCGCAUGGAAGAGCGCCUCAACAAGAAGCAAGAUCACGACGACGAGCAAACGGCUGAGUAUGAGGAGAAGGACGACGAGGAUCUGUACUUUGCGCCAGAGAAGAACAACGUCAUCUUCUGCAGUGCAGUCGAUGGCUGGGCCUUCACAGUUCGACAGUUUGCUGUGAUCUACGAGAAGAAGCUCGGCAUCAAGCGUGAGAUUCUAGAGAAGGUCCUCUGGGGAGACUACUAUCUGGACCCCAAGACCAAGCGAGUUCUUGGGCAGAAGCAUCUGAAGGGCCGCGCUCUCAAGCCGAUGUUCGUGCAACUUGUGCUGGACAGUAUCUGGGCAGCAUACGAAGCGACGACUGGCGGAGGUUCAGGGCGGGGCGACCCGGCCUUGUUGGAGAAGAUCACCAAGUCUCUGAACAUUAACAUCCCUCCUUACAUCCUACGCUCCCGCGACCCUAAGAAUAUCAUGACCACAUUGUUCUCGAUGUGGCUACCUCUUUCGACCGCAGUCCUAGUCUCUGUCAUUGAAUAUCUCCCCAGUCCGCCCGCAGCUCAAGCUACCCGUCUCCCGGCCUUGAUCGCAGACUCCCCGGGAGCAGACUUCAUCGACCAGAAGGUGAAGGAUGCGAUGAUCAGCUUCAAGACGGAGCCGAACGAGCCAGUUGUGGCCUAUGUUAGUAAGAUGGUCGCCAUCCCGGAGAGUGAGCUCUCCUCGAGCAAGAAGCGCUCUGGUACCACCAUGUCCGCGGAUGAAGCGCGGGAGAUUGCCCGCAAGAAGAGAGAGGAGAUUGCCAAAAUGCAGGCGGAAGCUGGCGGUCAGCAGCAAGACGAUUUCUCUCGCGUGACGUCGGCCCUCGAGCGGACCUACCUUGACGAUGCGCCAGCUGAGCCCGAGGAGAAAGAGGACCCCGAGCAUUUGAUCGGAUUCGCACGUCUCUACUCGGGUACGCUCUCCGUGGGAGACUCCGUGUAUGUGAUCGCUCCCAAAUUCAACCCGGAAAACCCGCAUGCCAGCCCCGAACCCCAGAAAGUUACAGUCACCGAUCUGUAUCUGCUGAUGGGCCGGAGUCUGGAGCCCCUCCAGUCCGUGCCUGCGGGUGUUGUCUUCGGUAUAGGGGGUCUUGCUGGCCACGUUCUGAAGACGGGAACGCUCUGCUCGCAACUCGAGGGCAGCAUCAACCUGGCGGGUGUUUCGUUGAACACUCCUCCGAUCGUCCGCGUUGCCCUGGAGCCUGUGAACCCGGCCGACUUGAGCAAAAUGGUCACCGGCCUGCGACUCCUCGAGCAAAGUGACCCUUGCGCGCAAUACGAGGUCCUCGACAGUGGUGAGCAUGUGAUUCUGACAGCUGGUGAACUGCACUUGGAGCGUUGCUUGAAGGAUCUGCGCGAGCGUUUCGCCAAGUGUGACAUUCAAACCGGUCAGACCAUCGUGCCCUACCGCGAGACGAUCAUCAGCGCCCCGGAGAUGGCCGCAGCCAAGAACCCCGAGCUCGGCCGCGGUGGCAUCCUGGCCGUGUCGCCCUCGAAGCAACUGACCAUGCGACUGCGUGUAGUGCCCCUGCCUUCGGCUGUCACGGAGUUCUUUUCCAAGCACGUAGGGACCAUCAAGCGACUGCAAACCCAGAAACGAACCGCUGCGGAGAACAAAUCGGGCGGUACCGACACCGAAGGUACGGCGGAGAGCACCCAGCCCGUGGAAGCCAGCGAAGCCACCACCGAGGAAGCCCGCGAGGCGACUCUGCUGUCGCUGCAGGAAUUCCGCGCCGAACUCAACAAGAUCUUCGACGAGGAGGUCAAAGAGGACAAAGAGCUGUGGAAGAACGUGGUCGAUCGGAUCACAGCCUUUGGGCCCCGACGAGUCGGCCCUAACAUACUGGUGGAUGCUACAACCGUGAACACCUGCGAGAAAUUCCUCCUCGACGACCCCAAACAACAACCCACCGUCAACGCAGAAACCACCAACAGCCGCGAGGCCCUGAUCGUCCGCGACUUCAACGACAAGAUCGCGUACGCCUUCCAGCUCGCGACAGGCCAAGGACCCCUCUGCCAGGAGCCCAUGCAAGGCGUCGCCGUCUUCCUGGAAGAACUCUCCGCAAACUCCACCAACGGCGAAGACCUGGAUCUAGGCCGGCUGACGGGUGAAGCCAUCCGCCUCGUCCGCGAGAGUAUCUCCCAGGGCUUCCUGGACUGGAGUCCGCGCAUCAUGCUUGCAAUGUACAGUUGUGAGAUUCAAGCGUCGACCGAAGUCCUCGGCCGCGUCUACGGCGUCAUUACCCGCCGGCGGGGCCGCAUCCUCUCCGAGACGAUGAAGGAGGGGACGCCGUUCUUCACGAUCCUGGCCCUGCUGCCCGUGGCCGAGUCCUUCGGGUUCGCGGACGAGAUCCGCAAGCGCACGUCGGGCGCCGCCCAGCCGCAGCUGAUCUUCGCCGGGUACGAGGCCCUCGACGAGGAUCCGUUCUGGGUGCCCGCCACCGAGGAGGAGCUCGAGGACCUGGGCGAGCUGGCGGACCGCGAGAACGUCGCCAAGCGGUACAUGGACGCCGUGCGCCGGCGGAAGGGCUUGGUCGUACAGGGCCGCAAGCUGAUCGAUGCCGAGAAGCAGAAGACUUUGAAGAAGUAGGAGGUUUCUUUGUGUGUGUGUGUGUGUGUGUGUGUGUGGAUGUAGAAAUACUUUCUUUAGAAAUGACAGUUUCGGUGAUGGUUUGGUGCCU